UUCUUGGACAAUUCUUACGCAUUUCAUCAAAGCUACAUAGAGAUAGAGAAGAGGCUGAAGAUAUGGAUCUACAUGGAAGGGGAGCCGCCAUUUUCGGUGACGGGUCUAGCAUGGGAUGUUCAAAGAAUGAGAAGGUUUGUCGCAUCCAAGGCCCGCGUUGUGGACCUUCACCGAAUGUGGGCAGUCAUCAGUGACUAUAUCCAAGUGAUAGCAAAAAAGUACCCAUAUGCAAAAAAGUACCCAUAUUGGAACAACAAAAAUGGUGCAGAUCAUUUCAUUGUCGCCUGCCAUGACAGGGAGGCAACCAUGGCUCCGUCAAAAAGUUCCUCUUCAAACAGUGGCCAAAGCUACAAGGAGCAAAUGAUGAGCGCCAAGUACUGCCUCUGCCCAAGUGGGUAUGAAGUCGCCAGUCCCAGGCUCAUUGAAUCCAUACUAGCUGGUUGGGUGCCGGUGCCGAUUUCCAAUGGCUACGUGUUCCCCUUCAGUAAAGUUCUAGAUUGGUCUCAUUUUUCUGUUCUGAUUCCAGUUCAAAAGAUACCCGAACUUAAAGAGAUUCUAACUAACAUUCCUGAACAUUCAUACUUGAAGUUGCAAGCAAAUGUUAUGAAGGUUCUGAAGCACUUUGUGAUUAAUGACCCUCCCAAGAGGUUUGAUGUCAUACAUAUGUUGUUUCAUUCUAUAUGGCUCGGAAGACUUAAUGUUUAUAUGAUUAGUAGCUAUCCUUCUUAUAUUCUUCACUUGCUUUUCUAUUCUCUAUUGUUAGAGUUCCCUUCCAACACAGAAAAGCAAAUCAAACCUACCUCAUCAAGUCCACCGUUGAAACUUUCUUGGGAAAGGCAUUAG